UAAAUAUUGAAAAAAUAAAAUGAACAAGAUUUUAUGUACAGUUGGUAUUUUAUCAAAUGAUCAAUGCCAUAAAAUGGUGUACACUAAAUCAAUUGGAUUGAAAGAUUUAUCAAGCUAUUCAGAGAAAGAUAGAAAUUUAUUAUUAUGGAGAUUGGGCUAAGAAUAUUAAACGUUAAUGUUAAAAUCUGUUUACACCAUGAACAAAUUUUACUUAACCGGUUUGCCAACUCCCAAAAAAUUGCAUCGAUCCAUUUAAAAAGCAUAAAACUAAUAUAAAUGGUGGUUUGCGAGAAAUUGAUAUUCAACUGGCAAAAGAUAUGUGUUAAAUUGGUAUUAAAACAACACCUGGUUUUAAAAUGUGUCCUUCAUGUCGAAAAGAAGUGGUAAAAAAAAUAAAUAAUUGGUCUACCUUACACGACCACAAUGGUGAAGAUGAUUUCCAGAAAAAACUAACAUUGUUAGAAUUGAAUCAGAUAUUAUUAAUAAGGUGGACAGCUUAUAUCGUAAUGAUCAGUUUAGUAGACAGUUGCCAGGUAUAAAAGAUUUUGUAAGUGUAUCCAAAAAUAAACAUGUAUCAAAGCGAUUACUUCUUUGCAAUUUAAAGGAAUUCAUUAUUGAAUUCAAACUAGAACACCCUCAAUCCAAAAUAGGAUUUUCUAAAUUUGCUCAGUUAAAGCCAAAAUGGUGUAUUUAUGCUGGUCAAAAAGGAACCCAUGCUGUUUGUAUAUGCGCAAAACACCAAAACCUAAAGCUUAUGCUUUGCACAGUUAAACUGGAGAAGAAUUACCAUGAACUUAUUGAGAAGAUUGUUUGUAGCAAGAGUCAAGGGAAUGCAUCGUCCAUAGAUGUAAUCAAUGUCCUGGAAUUCAAAAUAUUAUAAAUUAUAUGACUGCAAAUCUAUUGCAAAAUGAAGGAUCAUUUGAAGAGAAUGACAAAGUGGAUGAAGAUGAAACAAUUGAAUACAAACAAUGGAGUACAACAGAUAGAGCAGAGCUUCUAAGUAACACAUCUACAAUAAGUCAAUUCAUUGAAUGUCUUAGUGCAAAACUUGAUAGCAUAACAUCUCACUCUUAUAUUGCUAAAGCACAAAGUAAAUAUUUAAAUACAUUAAAGUCAUCUAUACCCAUAAAUGAAAUUAUUAUUUUAGUUGAUUUUGCAGAAAACUUUAAAUUUAUCAUACAAGACGAAAUCCAGAGUUACCACUGGAACCAACAGCAAUGCACACUACAUCCUGUAGUUAUUUAUAACAAAAAUGAUGAGGGUUCUACUAAAAGUCAACCAACAUCUCUAUGUUUUAUAUCUGAUGACUUAACACACGAUGUUGGGUUUAUUUAUUGUAUAGUAAAAAGAACUGUCCAAAUUGUUCAAGAAAUGUUUCCCAAUACCAUAAAAAUCCACUAUUUCUCUGAUGGUUGUGCUGGUCAGUACAAAAAUUAAAAACAUUUUUUUAAAUUUAUGCUAUCAUGUUG